CCUGAUAUUCAGCAGCUUUUCAGAGUGAUACUGAUCAAUACAAACGCAUUGAUUAAGAUUCUACAUUAAUCAUUUCCCACUCCUCAAUUCUCAAUCUUUUAUCAUCUUCCUUAUCAUGACUCUUGAAGGUCGAGCCCUUUUUUCGGCAGUAACAUCCUUGACGUGUCUUGGUUUUCUACUCAUUGGAUAUGAUAAUGGAUUGAUGGGAGGGUAAAUCCAAUUCCAUCAGUCCCAUGCAUUUGCAUUAUUUCUGCGCUGCCUUUCAACUAACAAUCCAAAAAAGACUAGUCAAUUCACCAGGAUUCAAAGAUACUUUCGGCGAUCCGGACCCCACUAUCACUGGUCUCAUCGUUGCUAUAUACGAAAUAGGAUGUUUUCUCGGAAGCGUUGCUACGUCGGCCUUCGGGGAGAAUAUCGGAAGAAAGAAAUCAAUUGCGACAGGAGUGUUAAUUAUGAUACUUGGAGCUUUAUUACAAGCAAGUGCAUAUUCUAGAGCACAUCUCAUCAUUGGACGAGUAAUAUCAGGAGUGGGAAUGGGAUUUAUCAAUAGUACAGUUCCUGUUUUUCAAGCAGAGUUCAGUCCCAAAGCUACAAGAGGGUUGUGUAAGGGCCUUGAUAAAGUAAUCGAAAACAUUUGAUAGUAUGAUACUUACUCUAUCACAGAUGUCUGCAUGCAGCUCUCGACGUUAAACUUUGGAAUAUUCCUAGCAUAUUGGGUUGAUUACGCCUUCACCCAAUCCUACACUGCUUCAUUUUCCUGGAGGGUUCCCACAAUUCUGCAAUGCAUAUUUUUACUCCCAAUGCUAGUUCUUCUGGUUAUAGUUCCAGAAUCUCCAAGGUGGUUAGCUGCGCACGACAAACCGAAUGAGUCCUUAAAUAUCCUUACCCAGCUGCAUUCCCACCGUGACUCUCCAGAAACCAUCGUAUCCCUCCACGCCGAAAUAAUGCACACUUGUCAGUAUGAAAAAACUCUCGGCACAGGCUCCUGGAGCGAUCUCUUUCACAACGACUCAAUACAAUCUCAGAGACGUUUCAUUAUUGCAUGUGCUAUCCAAUCAUUUCAACAGUUAGGUGGAAUUAAUGCACUUAUAUAUUAUUCGAAUACACUUUUUUCAACUUCUCUAGGAUUCUCCGAUCAUCUCAGUGCACUCAUGUCAGGAUUUUUGCAAACGUGGUUUUUUCUUGCUAGUUUUAUUCCUUGGUUUCUUAUUGAUCGUGUGGGCCGUCGACCUCUUUUGUUAUCGAUGAUUUCGGUUAUGUCGGCGGUUAUGAUUGUUCAGACGGGGUUGAUUUAUAAUGUGCAAUAUCAUACUGAGCUCAGGAAGGCCUGUGGGAUCGGAGCAGCGAUCAUGCUUUUUAUUUUCGAAGGGGCUUUUACUAUUGGUUUUCAAGCUACUGUAAGUUUUCCACUCAUUGAUUUCUUUCAUUACUUCCAAAUCAUUACAAUUCCCCAUAUAUCUCACCCACACAUUCCGCCUCCAUAUUAAACCCUUUAUUCCACUAAUCUACCCUGUUUCAAAUUAUAGGUAUGGGUCUACCCCUCUGAAAUCCUCCCCCUUCGUCUCCGACAACGCGGCUCCUCAGUCUCCACAGCCUGCAACUGGAUCUUUAACUACAUGAUCGUGCAGAUUACUCCCAUUGCACUUAAUAACAUAGGCUAUAAAACGUAUAUAAUUUUUGCUGUACUGAAUGCAUGUUGGGUUCCGAUUAUUUAUUUAUGGUUUCCUGAGACGAAGGGACUGGAGUUGGAGGAUAUGGAUGGGGUUUUUGAGAGGGGAGAAGGAGUUGGGGUGGGGUUAGGAAAAAGGGGUGUGGGAAAAAGAAGGGCGGUUGAAAGGGGAGUGUCGGGGAGUGCGUUGAGUGAUGAGGAGGUGAGGAUUAGGCGUGCGAGUGGGAGUCGAAGCGGAGUUGGUGUGAGUGGAAGUGGGAGUAAUAAUACAGAGAAUGGAAAGGGAUCCGAUGAAGAGAUUGCAUUUGGAACUAGAGAACACGCGGAAAGGGUCGGAAGAUCUUAAGACUUGAGGUUUACUUUUCUUCAUGUGUGUCAGCGGAUCUGGGUUAAUUGUUUUUGUUUUGACAAGUGUCUUUAUGAUUUUUUAUGGACGGAAGGAUAAUUUUUGGUGUUGUGUUGGAGGAGUUCAACUUGACUACAUGCGGGGUGUUUGUAAGAUGAUUUUUGUAAUGACAUCGGUUUUAUGAUCAGAUGAGUUAUAAUGAUUGGAGUUCUAUAAUAGACUAAUCCUUACACAUUACGUGAUAUUAGUUUAUUUACAAAUAGUUUGAUUUUUAUAUCAA